AUGGCUUCUCCUUCUCGGAGUGUUUUCCCUUUCAUUUUUAUGCUACUCCUUGUUGGGUGCUCUGCAAGAUCUCUUUACCCACUCCCUAGUUGGAGACACAAUGGAAAUCGACAGCCCCUGCAAACAUUUCGCCCAUAUAACAUUGCACAUCGAGGAUCAAAUGGAGAAAUUCCAGAAGAAACUACCGCUGCGUAUAAGAGAGCCAUUGAAGAAGGAACUGAUUUCAUAGAAACAGACAUUUUGGCCUCCAAAGACGGUGUUCUUAUAUCCUUCCAUGAUCUAUGUCUUGAUAAUACAACUGAUAUAGCUGAACACCUGGAGUUCAUCGACCGUAAGCGGACCUAUGAAGUUCAAGGGCUCAAUCUUACUGGCUACUUCGUAGUUGAUUUCACACUUAAAGAGCUAAAGUCAUUGCGAGUGAAGCAGAGAUAUCAUUUCCGGGAUCAGCAGUAUAAUGGAAAAUUUUCUAUUAUUACAUUUGAAGAGUUCAUUUCAAUUGCAUUGGAUGCCAACCGAGUUGUUGGAAUAUAUCCCGAGAUGAAAAAUCCAGUAUUCAUCAAUCAAAGAGUAAAAUGGCCGGGCGGUAAGAAAUUUGAGGACAAGUUUGUGGAAACUCUCAAGAAGUACGGAUACAAAGGUUCUUAUAUGUCGAAAGAAUGGUUGAAACAACCAGCUUUUAUUCAGUCAUUUGCUCCUACUUCUCUUAUCCACAUUUCAAACCAGUCCGAUCUGCCGAAAAUUCUUCUAAUUGAUGAAUUUACUAUGCCAACUCAGGACACGAAUCAGUCGUAUUGGGAGAUCACUUCAGACAAAUAUCUUGAUUUUAUCGAAGAAUAUAUCGUGGGGAUUGGACCGUGGAAGGAUACUUUGGUUACUGCAUCACACAAUUAUCUGCAAAAACCUACUGAUCUUGUUUCCAGAGCACAUGCCCGUAAUCUUCAGGUGCAUCCAUACACUUUCCGCAACGAGAACGAGUUCUUACACUUCAACUUCAGUCAAGAUCCAUACAAGGAAUUCGAUUACUGGAUAAAUAAGAUUGGGGUCGAUGGACUGUUUACAGACUUCACAGGCAGCCUCCACCAAUUUCAAGAAUGGACUUCUCCAUUAUCAACUGGAGAGGAAGAUGCAAAUAAGCUGCUAGAUAAGAUUGUCUUUAUGAUAUCAAAGUUCAAAAGAAAAUUAAUCAUUUCCAAAACUUUAAGAUUGGCAAGAGACAGAGACCAUUGCACUUCAGAGAGGACGGCUGGUUCAGUGAAGUUCUCUCCAGAACAGCAGGAAUCUCAAGCACAGCCACCGCAGAAGCAAGAGCCCGAACCGAAAACCUCCACAAAAAGCGAAAAAUCAGCUCUGUCCAAGUGGUCCUCUUGGUUUACAUGCUGCUCAAUCUAUGAGGAUCCUGAAGAAGAUCCAGAAGAAGAAUUAUAUGAGGAAUCUGAUGAAGAUUCAACGAGUAGCAGCAUUGACAGUAAGGAACCUGAAAGUGAUUGCAAAGAGGACUUGAAUGAUGAAACCAGAGCAGAUGUUUUCCAGAUAAAAGAAACAACAAAGUAA